AUGUCUACUUCAGAGUGGAAGCCGCCUGGCAAAGGAGACCUCAGAUCACCAUGCCCAGCACUUAACAUACUAGCAAAUCAUGGUUAUUUACCACACGACGGCAAGAAUUUGUCAGCUGCACAAAUAACAGAGGCACUUAACAAACACCUGAACGUGUCCCGUGGAUUCGCUAACUUUAUGGCGAGGAUGGCUGUCUAUCUAGUUGGUAGCAAAGGAGUAUGCUCUCUCGAAGAUUUCGGCAAGCAUAACGUGAUCGAACACGAUGCAUCUCUAACACGACAAGAUGCGUCUCUAGGCAACAAUAUCAAGGUUGAUCCAUCUCUAGUUGACGAUCUUCUUUCCCAUGCUGUGGAUGGCCGCAUCACCAUCGAUACUCUCGCUAAAUUCCGUAACAUACGGUACGAAGACUCACUAGAACGAAACAAAGACUGCUGCUUUGGAAUGAAACAACGUAAAACUGCUUAUGGUGAAUCUGCCCUGCUUUUGAGUGUACUGGGACAAGCGACUAAUCAAGAGGUUGACGUCGAGACUGCAAAAGUGAUUCUGAAGGAGGAGCGGUUACCUGAUGGAUGGCAAAAGGGGAGUGGGCAGGUGACCUUUUGUGAUGUUUGGAAAUUGCAGAGCAAGAUUGAAAAGAGGUCAGAUGAGAUGAAAAAUGAGAAGAAGGAUUCGUAG